UUUUCUUUUCCUUUUUCCUUUCUUUUUUUUAUAUCAUUCCUUCCUUUAUAUAUACAUACAUAUAUAUCCUACUUUUGACAAUGAUAAACGAAGAUGAAGUAUUGAAUUCUAGUGGUUUCUUAGAUCCUAGUUCUUCGUCUUCAAGAUAUCUCAUGGAUACUUCAAUGCAGUUUUCAUCACCACUUUAUGCUACACAAUAUGGAGUAGAAGAAGAAGAAGACCCUUGGGGGAGUAUUGCAACAUUUGACCCUGUGGCCGAUAUUCGACAACAUCUUCAAGUAAACCAAUCGACAGCUGCGGUGGAUGAAGAUAUUCUCGAAGAAGGUAUCACUGCUGCUAGUGUUUUAGUGGGUGUAGACUUGGCAGAAAUCUUUGAUACAGCUUAUAUUCGAGCAAAUCCUAUAGGAGAUCGAGUUACUUUGGAUUCUUUGGAGAAAAUCAUACGUUUGUCUAGUUUGACCCCCCGGACCAUUGAAGAAAUCAUAUCAUUGGUAGUGCCUUCAAACGCUUUGUAUGUUACACGUAACGAAUUCAAUACAGCUUUGGCUUUAACUGCUUGUGCUCAGAAGAAUAUGGAACUCUCCUUAUUGAACGUUUACCAGCAUAGAAAUGAUUUACCGAUUCCUACACUAACAAAUCUCGAUGUAUUGACUAUUCAAAGAAACAGAUCAUCUUCUGGCGAUAUACCAACAAAAAACAGUAUUCACAACAUCAAUACCAAUAACAAUAACAAAAAUAAUAAUAAAAACACCAACAACAGCAACAAUACCAAUAAUGCUGUGGUGGAUGAUCCAUGGCGCAUUUCCUCAACUGUUAUACAAUCAACAAAUCCAUCUACAGCUACCAAUGGCAAACCAAUGAUACAAGUCAACGGCUCUACUACCAUUGAUUCAUCCAAUAUACAUCCUUCAUCAAAGGCGGAUACACUCGAAUCCUUAGUAACAAACACUACCACAAACAAUAUCAACACAGGCAUAGAAACAUCACCCAAUUCAUUCACGGAAUCCAAAACAAUUACCAAGAUGGAUACUUCGGACUGGUUUAAUAAUCUCGAUAAUAUCAAAAUCAUGGUAGCCCCUGAAAAAGAAGGAUUUAUUUUCAAGCAUGUGAAUUAUAUUGUGGAAAGUCAACAACGAUCAAGCUUGGUACUUCGACGAUACAGUGAUUUUUUUUGGUUAUGGGAAGUGUUAUUGAAGCGAUAUCCUUGUCGAUUGGUACCUCAUUUGCCACCCAAGAAAAUCAGUGGACGUGACGAUGUCUUUUUGGAAGCAAGACGACAAGGUCUCUCGAUUUUUAUCAAUUCUAUUGCAAGACAUCCUGUUUUAAAAAAAGAUAUUAUUUUCAAUACUUUCAUCGCCGAACCAUCUGAAUUCCUUGCGUGGCGUCGUGGUAAUCCUCCUGUGGUGGAUGAAGAAUUUAUUCGUAUUAACGAUCAAUUGAAUCCUGAUGAAAUUUCUACAUGCAUUCCUCGUGAUUUGGACAAUCGAUUGGAGCAAAUUGAAAAAACCCUUCCUCAAUUACUGGAUUAUUAUCAAUGUUUAUAUGAUGGGAUGAAUAAGAUGGCUCAACUUGGUCAAUCUCAAACAAUGGAAUUAGAACGUUAUAGUUCUACUUUAAAUGCCAUGGGUUUGGUGGAAAAACAAUGUUAUAUACCCGGUUGUCAAGCGUGUGGACAUAUGACUAGAGGAUAUGAUGCUGUGGCCAAGUAUAUGCGACAAGCUGGAUCUAUUUUGAAUCAAGAAGCUGAUGAUAUUAUAUCUGGGAUCAUGGUUCAUUUGAAACGACAUCAUGACACUUUAUUGGCUUUCAAGGAUGUACUGGAGAGACGAAACAAAUUAGCUGUGAACCAAAUUGAUACUCUUUCCGAUCGAAUUGCAUCUAACAAGGCCAAAGUCAAUCAACAUCGUGGAGUACCUGGACUGGAAGCGGAUGUUGCAAGAUUAGAUGAAGCAAUCCAUACUGAUCAAGAACGAUUGACGUUCCAACAACGCCGAGCUUUAUUCCUUCGAUUCUGUCUGGCUAGUGAACUAACGUUUGUACAUAAACAACAAGCCUUUGUAUCUGUUCUUUAUCAAAACUAUGUCCAUGAAAAACUUCAAUACUCUCGACGCAUUGUGGAUAAUUGGAAAGCUUUGGAAGUACUGACUUGUAAUAUGCCCGAUCUUCAAGAAUUUGAAUGAAUCAGUCAAGAAGUCAGAUACCUUCAUCUUGUUGUCGUCAAUUACAUUUUUUUUUUUUUUUAGUUAUUGUUCUUUGUUUUUAUUAUUAUUAUUCCUCACAUAUUAUCAUUAUUCUUACAAAACAAAAAUAUUUUUUAUGUAUACAUCAAUAGUCAUAGGUCCCCCCUCUUCAUUUUGUCUGCCCUUCAUAUCUUUUUUACAUCUAUUUUAUAUGCUCCAAGUUUACACUUUUUUUUUUGAACUUUAUUGGAUACCCAAAUAAACAAAACUUAUGGAACAUCAUAUUCUGAUCAAAGGAAAAAAAAAAGACCUCUCCAGUAAAACAUUUGAAUAUCAUCAUACAGUAAGAGAAAG